AUGGCCCCUGUGCUUAGUGGUCAUCCUCAAGUCAUGGCAAUGCUGGUUCUGCUCCUGUCCAUGCUCAGUUUGGCUGCUGGUGGGAGGCUGCUGGUGGUGCCAGUGGAUGGGAGUCGUUGGCUCAGCAUGCGGGAAGUGUUGGAUGCUCUGAGGCAGAAGGGACAUGAAAUAGUUGUUGUUGCACCUGAAGCCAGUUUACAAAUAAAGCCAACAAAGAAUUUUAUUAUGAAGAUGUACCCAGUCCCUUUCACGCAAGAAGAGAUGGACGGAAAUUUCCAAGCAUUUUCACAGGAUGUAUUUGGAGAAGGAUCUUUUCUGGAAAGAGUUGUUAGAUUCUAUCAACGGUCAAAAAAAACCUCUGCCAUGCUCCUGUCUACCUGCACACACUUACUGUACAACAAAGAGCUUGUCAGGUAUCUUGAGGAGAGCAAGUUUGAUGCUGUCCUUACAGACCCUGUAAUACCUUGUGGGCAGAUACUGGCUGAGCAUCUUUCAGUUCCUACUGUGUUUCUCUUGCAGCAAAUACCAUGUGGUUUAGAAUUUGAAGCCACUCAGUGUCCCAAUCCCCCUUCUUAUGUCCCCAGAAUAUUUUCAGAGAAUACAGACCACAUGAACUUUUUCCAGCGGGUGAAGAAUCUGAUCUUUGUCAUCCCAAAUUCUCUUCUCUGUGAGUUUCUUUUUCAACCAUACACAAAACUGGCUUCUGAAUUCCUCCAGUGGGAUGUCACUGUGCUGGAUCUCUUACGCAAGGCCUCCAUUUGGCUUCUGCGAUUAGACUUUGUGUUCCACUAUCCCAGACCAUUGAUGCCCAACAUGGUGAUAAUUGGAGGAGUAAACUGCGCUCACAGGAAGCUAAAUCAG